AAAAUAUUCAAUUGACCUUCACCCUUACAAGGCAACAAUAUGGCCACCGUUUGUCGGCUUUCAGCUAGACUGUUUAGGAAUUCUGCAGUUUUAAGACAAAGUAGACAAUGGCAGCAGACGGCCCUUUGCAGUGUUGUAGCAGGGAGCGCACAGCAUACGCUAAGCGUUCGGAAACGUAUCGAAAAUAUGAAAAAAGCAGCGCUUAUUGGAGGGGGUCAGAAGAGGAUUGACAAACAACACGCGAAGGGUAAGCUAACAGCAAGGGAGAGAGUGCACCUUCUGUUGGAUCCCGACUCAUUUGUAGAAUAUGAUAUGUACCUGGAACAUGACUGCACAGACUUUGGAAUGGAAGAUGAAAAGUACCCUGGUGAUAGUGUUGUCACAGGCAGAGGGACAAUUAAUGGAAGAGUUUGCUUUGUAUUCUCUCAGGAUUUCACAGUAUUUGGAGGGAGUUUGUCAGGUGCUCAUGCCAAAAAGAUUUGCAAGAUAAUGGACCAGGCCAUGUUAGUAGGAGCUCCCGUGAUUGGUCUGAAUGAUUCAGGUGGGGCCAGGAUUCAGGAGGGCGUGGAAUCUCUUGCUGGUUAUGCUGACAUAUUCCAGAGGAAUGUCAAUGCCUCCGGUGUUAUCCCACAGAUUUCUCUUAUCAUGGGACCUUGUGCAGGGGGCGCUGUGUACUCACCAGCUUUGACAGACUUCAUGUUUAUGGUCAAAGAUACAUCAUACCUGUUUAUCACUGGUCCAGAUGUCGUUAAGUCUGUUACCGGGGAAACUGUUACUCAAGAGGAGCUGGGAGGAGCUAAAACACACACGGUAACCUCAGGUGUGGCCCAUAAAGCCUUUGAGAAUGACGUGGAUGCCUUACUUCAGGUGCGAGAGUUCUUCAACUUCCUGCCACUCAGUAAUCAAGACCCUUCCCCCAUCAGAGAAUGCACUGAUCCAUGGAAUAGAGAUGUAGCAGGAUUAGACACAGUUGUUCCCCUUGAAACAACAGCAGCUUAUGACAUCAAAGAUGUAAUUACUGGGGUAGCGGAUGAUUCGGAGUUUUUUGAGAUUAUGCCAAUGUAUGCCAAGAACAUUGUGGUGGGAUUUACCAGAAUGAAUGGAAGGACAGUGGGCAUGGUGGGAAAUCAACCUAAAGUGGCAGCAGGUUGUUUGGACAUCAAUGCAUCAGUGAAGGGAGCCCGCUUUGUGAGAUUUUGUGAUGCAUUCAAUAUUCCCAUAGUGACGUUUGUGGAUGUACCAGGAUUUUUACCAGGAACUUCCCAGGAAUAUGGUGGAAUUAUCAGGCAUGGAGCCAAGCUUCUAUAUGCUUAUGCAGAGGCCACUGUACCAAAGAUAACAGUCAUCACCCGAAAGGCCUAUGGUGGAGCGUACGAUGUGAUGAGCUCUAAACACCUGAGGGGUGACACCAACUAUGCCUGGCCAACAGCAGAGGUUGCUGUGAUGGGGGCAAAGGGAGCUGUCUCCAUAAUAUUCCGAGGUAAAGAUCAGGAGAAGAAUGAGGCCGAGUAUGUAGAGAAGUUUGCCAAUCCUUUCCCGGCCUCUAAGAGAGGCUUUGUGGAUGACAUUAUUGAGCCCCGCACUACUAGGAGGCAGAUCUGUAGGGAUUUGGAUAUGCUUUCCAGUAAGAAACUGGCGAAUCCAUGGAAGAAACAUGCCAACAUGCCACUCUAAUCAACUCAUGGAGUCAGUUUGUUGUUGACUGGCCUCGAUACUGCUUCAGUGCAUACUCACUAUGGAUACCAUAGGCUUAUUGCUUGAUAUUAAUUUAUAUUCAUGCAUUUAGCAGAAACUCUAGGGAUUAAAAUCCUGAGUGACCGCGCUUUAAGGAUGGAUAUUUUGGAAUGAGAGUCUUUUACAAUAGCUUAGUUUGUGGUCCAUUGUUGUGGCAUUAUUGAUUAUUGUUGUGUGACAUAAUGUUGAGAGAACUGUUGUUUUGAUAUAUUUUCAUUAUUACGGUAUAAAAUAUUUAGGGGGUGUUUUUUUUUUAUGGUAUAUACAUGUAAUUGAAAUCAUUAAGUAUAUAACUCUAAUACGUUCAGGAAACGUUACUGAGAGAAUGAUCACAAAUGACUGAAACUGUUGAGUAAUUAUACACAUGUAUAUCUUUAUGUGCAUAUCUGAUAAAUUACUUAAAACAUACUUGUAAACUUUGACAAUGAAUAUUUCUUUAUGACAUACAUCCUCAAUGUAUAGAGCACUAGUACUUGACAUUUCAUGUAACUCCUAUACUCAUUGUUAUUACAAAUGGCAAUAAAUUUAUACCCCAUUGGGCCUUUUCUGACAUAGA